UGUAACAAGUUGGUGGCAGUGUAUCCACUGAGUGUGUCAUCAAGAGGACGGGACAUUACCCACAAUGCUAAUCGACCAGCCAGAUUACGAGGAGUGUACCCGGUAUCAGGACCUGACGGCCAACCGGGUACAGCAUAUCGCUUCAAAGGCAGGCGGAACAGCUUUAUAGAGUUUCCAAAUAGAGGCUCUCUAGAUACAAAGUAUUCCAUCACCUUGCUAGUUUGGAUUAAACCCGGAGGGAAACCUGGACCCAUUGCAAAUUAUCAUCCUAACGGAAUGGGAGUGCAAUUCUGGCUUGAGACACCAAACAAACUUAUGGCACGCUUCACACGUCGUGGUAAACGCGGCGGAAGAAGGCGGCGCUACACGGUCGCAGUUCGAAGUCGAAGAAUUAGAUUAAAUCGUUGGCAGUUCGUUGGUUGCAGCUAUGAUCAUAAAUCAGGGAUUGCAAGACUUUGGAUAAAUAACUACCGAGUGACACAAAAGAGAAUCGGACGGAUCCGACUGGCUACGAAUUAUCCAAUAAGAAUGGGU